AUGGGGCCGCGGCUGAGCAAAGAGGCGUUGACGGCUGCGGUCGUGGUGAGCAAACUGGUCAAGUACUUUAGCCGGCAGCUGUCCUGCAAGAGGAAGGUGGCCUUGCAGGAGCGCAAUGCCAAGCUGGAGGGUUUCCCCCAGCUCCUGCACUGGUUCCGCAUCGUCGACAUCCGCAAGGAGGUGAUGGAGGAAAUCGCCCCUGGGCAGCUGAGCCUGGAGGAGCUGCUGGACAUGACGGAUGACCAGGUCUGUGCGACCGUGGAGAAGUUUGGGGCCAACAGCGAGGAGUGUGCCCGUCUGAACGCCUCCCUCUCCUGCCUUCGCAACGUCCACAAGUCCGCGCCGGUACGCCGGAGGAAUAAACUGAAGCCCCCCGGCACGCCCCCGCCUUCGUCGCGCAAACUCAUCCACCUCAUCCCCGGCUUCACCGCGCUGCACCGGAGCAAAUCCCACGAAUUCCAGCUGGGACAUCGCGUGGACGAGGCCCACACCCCCAAAGAAAAGAAGAAGAACAAACCCCUGAACCUCAAGAUCCACAACAGCGUGGGAAGCUGCGAGAACAUCCCCGCGCAGCGCUCCCCGCUCCUCUCCGAGCGCUCCCUCCGCUCCUUCUUCGUGGGGUACCCGCCUUUCCUCCCCUCCACCCCUCCUGUCCACACCGAAGCCACCUUCUCAGCAAAUACGCUGUCAGUGCCUCGCUGGUCCCCGCAGAUUCCCCGUCGAGAUCUAGGAAACUCGAUAAAACACAGGUUUUCCACCAAGUACUGGAUGUCUCAGACCUGCACCGUCUGCGGGAAAGGAAUGUUGUUCGGCUUAAAAUGCAAAAACUGCAAGCUCAAGUGCCACAACAAAUGCACCAAAGAGGCCCCUCCGUGUCACCUGCUGAUCAUCCACCGCGGAGCCCCUCGGCAGUUAGUCCGGACAGAGUCGGUGCCCUGCGAUAUCAACAACCCUUUACGGAAACCCCCCAGGUAUUCCGACCUGCACGUCAGCCAGACGCUCCCCAAAACCAACAAACUCAACAAGGACCACAUCCCAGUGCCCUACCAGCCGGACUCCAGCAGCAACCCCUCCUCCACCACCUCUUCCACCCCCUCUUCGCCGGCUCCACCGCUGCCGCCCAGCGCAACGCCCCCGUCCCCCCUGCCCCCCUCCCCGCAGUGCCCGCGCCAGCAGAAGCAAUUCAACUUGCCAGCUUCCCACUACUACAAGUACAAGCAGCAGUUCAUUUUCCCCGACGUGGUACCCGAGACGCCGACCCGAGCCCCGCAGGUGAUCCUCCACCCUGUCAACUCCAACCCCAUCCUGGAAGGAAACCCGUUGCUUCAAAUUGAAGUGGAGCCCACCUCGGAGAACGAGGAAGGCAUGGAGGAGGUGCAGGAGUCUGAGGAUGACUUUGAAGAGAUGAACCUCUCGCUCCUCUCUGCACGCAAUUUCCCCCGCAAGGCCAGCCAGACCAGCAUCUUCCUCCAGGAGUGGGACAUCCCCUUCGAGCAGCUCGAGAUUGGCGAGCUCAUUGGCAAGGGCCGCUUCGGGCAGGUCUUUCAUGGGCGCUGGCACGGGGAGGUGGCCAUCCGCCUCAUCGACAUCGAGCGGGACAAUGAGGACCAGCUGAAGGCCUUCAAGAGGGAGGUGAUGGCGUACCGGCAGACCCGGCAUGAGAACGUGGUGCUCUUCAUGGGAGCUUGCAUGAGCCCUCCCCACCUCGCUAUCAUCACCAGCCUGUGCAAAGGACGGACUCUCUACUCGGUGGUGAGAGAUGCCAAAAUCGUCCUGGAUGUCAACAAGACAAGGCAGAUAGCACAAGAAAUUGUGAAGGGAAUGGGCUACCUGCACGCCAAGGGGAUCCUUCACAAGGACCUCAAGUCAAAAAAUGUUUUCUAUGACAACGGGAAGGUGGUGAUCACGGACUUUGGCCUCUUCAGCAUCUCGGGAGUUCUCCAAGCGGGCAGGUUUGCUUUGGGAAAAGAGCGAGACGCGUCGCUCCUGCAGAAACCCCUCUGCCCCACGAGCGGUGCUCCCUUGAAGCACAGCUCCACGCUAGAUGCCGGUGUUGGCUUUGGCUUUGCGGUGCGAAGCCCCAGGGGGAUGGUGAGAGCAGGGCUGGGGUUUCGGCAGCGAGGGAGAGGGUGGGAGGGCUGGGGGGCUGCUGGCUGGUGGCAUGGGGGUGAUGUCCUUCCCCCCCGCCCCGUGCCCUCCGUGGUACCCACGCACUCGGAUGUCUUUGCACUGGGCACGAUCUGGUACGAGCUGCACGCGCGGGAAUGGCCCUUCAAGACCCAGCCAGCGGAGGCAAUAAUCUGGCAGGUGGGAAGAGGGAUGAAGCCCAACCUCAGCCAGAUCGGGAUGGGCAAGGAGAUCUCGGACAUCCUCCUCUUCUGCUGGGCCUACGAGCAAGAGGAGAGACCCACCUUCACCAAGCUCAUGGACAUGCUGGAGAAACUGCCAAAGCGCAACCGUCGCCUUUCCCACCCCGGGCACUUUUGGAAGUCGGCGGAGUAA